AUGGAAAAACCAAGAAGAGAUACAAGUGUACCACCAACAAGCAUGUAUCUCGAUCCACGCAUGUAUGAACGAAGAGAUCGAAGUCUACCUUCAACACGAACCGCUGUACGCAUGUAUCCACAAGAUCAGUCUACAAAAACUGCUAUACGCGGCUGGCCAGAUCCCAUGUAUCACGACAAUCGAUCCACCAGGACUGCUAUACAAGAUGUGAGACCAUGGGACGGUACGUAG